UUUCCAGCCUUUGAAAAACCUCCAGCAUCUUUUCACUCUCACCAUGUGGAAGGCAGCACUCUUGACCAUGGGCUUGUUGGUGGCUCUCGUGGACAGGGUGCGCUCCAACGACGGCCAUCCCUCUUUCUACGGGGUGAAACUGUGUGGAAGAGAGUUCAUACGAGCUGUCAUCUUUACCUGUGGUGGGUCUCGCUGGAGGAGAAGCAUAGGAGACUCAGCUCUUAUUGGAGAAGAAGCCUUUGACCCAUGGAACACAGAUCCCAUCCCUCAACAUACCAAUGAGCAGGAUCCUGCAGAGUCCAAAGGAUGGAAAGAUCAAAUGCUGGAGGUGGCACCGGUGGCUACUGGAUUCAGCCACUCAGCUCGCUUGCCGAUCUCAGAGGAGGUGCUGGAGGCUCUGAGGAGUGCAGACAGGAAAGGACGGGAUGUAGUGGUUGGACUGUCCAACGCCUGCUGCAAGUGGGGCUGUAGCAAAAGUGAAAUCAGUUCUCUGUGCUGAACCUAGUCUGCUUAAACGUGCAUCUUGUCCUGUCCCUCAGGCAGAGCUCCUCUCUUUCCCUGUGAUUCCUCCAGUUUUUCAAAGUUACCAUUCAUGAAAUGACACUUCCCAUCCAACUCACUGUCAUCGUGUUUUGAUUUAUGGAUACAGAAAUGUGAAUGUGUGUACAAAAGUGGUUUAUUGUGAU